AGUCACCAGCGACCCCCGGGCUCCCCUCCAGACCUGCGGGCGGCAGCGGUUCUGGCAGUUUUUGUAGAAAAUGUUUCCUGACUGCAAUGAGAGAAAGUGGAAUACAUUGUCCGCUCUGUCGUGGAAAUGUGACUAGAAGAGAAAGAGCAUGUCCUGAACGGGCCUUAGACCUUGAAAAUAUCAUGAGGAAGUUAUCUGGUAGCUGCAGAUGUUGUGCAAAACAGAUUAAAUUCUAUCGCAUGAGACAUCAUUACAAAUCUUGUAAGAAGUAUCAAGAUGAAUAUGGUGUUUCUGCUAUCAUUCCAAACUUUCAGAUCUCUCAAGAUUCAGUAGGGAACAGUAAUAGGAGUGAAACAUCUACAUCUGAUAACAUAGAAACGUAUCAAGAGAAUACAAGUUCUGGGCAUCCCACCUUUAAGUGUCCCUUGUGUCAAGAAUCAAAUUUUACCAGACAGCGUUUACUGGAUCACUGUAACAGUCAUCACCUAUUUCAAAUAGUUCCUGUGACAUGUCCUAUUUGUGUGUCUCUUCCUUGGGGAGAUCCUAGCCAGAUUACUAGAAAUUUCGUUAGUCAUCUAAAUCAAAGACAUCAGUUUGAUUAUGGAGAAUUUGUGAAUCUUCAGCUAGAUGAGGAAACCCAAUAUCAAACUGCUGUUGAAGAAUCUUUUCAAGUAAACAUCUGAAGGCUAUAGACAUCUGAGCAUCUUUGUACCUGCAAGUGCCAUCUUUAAGGAGAAAACUAAUGCAGUCACCAUUUCAAUAACUUGAUGUGUAUAUUAAUAAAAGUAAUUCAGUCUAUUGUUUUAGUUUUUAAAUUGAAAAAUAAAGGUGGGCCAUCUGAAAAUUUUGUUCUCUUGAAAAGUUAAAAAUGAAUGUUAGGACAUUAUCUUUAAAAGCAUUGAAAGGAUUCUAUUUCACUAAUGUAAUGGCGAAAAAUUCUUGUUGUACUUUAUCUUUUUCAUAUUACACAUUCUUGAAUUUUUCCUUACGUUGCUUUUGAAAUUUGGUGCGGUUUCUCCCAGGGAUGCUAUUGAAUACAGGUAACACAGUAGCAAAUGCAGAAAGAUGUGGUUGAUAUGAACCUAACAAACCUGAGCCAGUUAUCAGAGUUGCAGACGGAGACUUGAAGUGCUAAUGAAACAAUCCAAAGGAAAAAAUUUUAAUACAGAUUCUAGCUGAAGAAUUCAACUCUAAGAACAUGGUAUUUAUAUAACAUUUAGUAUUUUUGAAGACUAGUGAGAUUUCUUUAAUAAUUUUAACUGUUUAAAAAGUAAAAGCUUAAUGUAAGGAUAUUUCCUUCUUUUUUUUUUUUUGCUAUUAGAAGGAACUAUCAAGAGGAAAAUUUAUUUCUUUGGCGGGCAGUUGCUAAUUUCAAAUCUUGUUUGUUUGGCUGACUAAUUUAUAAGCCUAGUGUAUAUUAAGUUGAAUUUACAGCUCGUUGGCUUCAGAAUUUUUCAAUAGCUAGUGUUUCUCAUUAGCUAAGAUGAAACUUUUAUUAGAAACUUUCAGUUGAUGAUUCAGUUGUAUGUUCUACAUAUAUAUUUUAAGUGAGAAGUUUGGCUCCAUCUCAGUUGAGAAAUUCAAGCAAAGCUAAAGAUGUAUAUGUAUAAUACACACACAUGCAUGCAGGUUAUAUACAGGAUUUCUAUUCAGAUUUAAAAAAUAGAUAAGCAAUAUGGGAUUUAAGUGUUUACUUGAUUUGAUUAACAUUUUGUAUAUCACCACAUUUUUAAAAGGUAACAGCCAAAUGCUAAGUGGUCUAGUUGGCUGCUGUUACACCUUAAAAAUUGAGUUUAUACACACACUCAAUGACCUGUCCAUAUGGUGCUCUUUGUUCUCAACGAUAAUGCAUGACUGAAGUGGUGACACAUUUUCCAGCCGCUCUGUUUCACUGCUUGUUAGUCAGACUGGGUUUGUUUAUUCUUGGUAUUCACUAAUGAGAAUCAUAAAAGAACUUGUACUAGAAGGCCCAGAUCACAGAGGAAGCGACGAAGAGUGGAUUAGCUAACAUUCCAUACUAAUGUACAUUGUUUAUGCUUUCUUUAAAAGAAUAUAAAAUUUCCGAAGUCGUUGCUAAUAUAUACAUACAUUGUAUAAAAAGGGAUAUUUUGGUUUUGUUAAAACCCUUGUUGACUUUUCUACAGUGAACAUUUUUUUUAAACUUGAUUUAAUAAAAAUGUUAAUUUUGGAAGUGGAUUUUUGUAAAAAGCCUUUCUCAGUCAAACAGUGAUGACUUUAUGGGUAGUAACAGUCACCAAAAGCCAUGCAUCUCAAUGAACUAAUGCCUUUGUCAUUCAAAAGAGUGAUGCUUACCACGUGCUUGAACAUUUUUUCUGCAGUUACAUGAGUGUAAUUGUAAGAAUAGCUGUUAACUCUUUAAUAAGAGACUUGACCAUAGAUUUUUUCUAACUUAAAGCAAUAAAGUUAGUACUUUCUUUCAAAAUUUAAUACUCAGUAUGUCAAGUUAAACUAUUUUGGGAUGUGAGAGCUUGAAAGGAAAGUUGUAGUAGAGAUCAUCUUGAUGAAAUUGUGUUUUGAAAUUUUGUGGAUUAGUUCAAUAUCACUAAUAGUCUCGUGUGUCUUUUAUAUAAACUUUUUCAUAAAGGAAAUAUUGACUGUAUUUGCUAUUAUCUGGGAACUCUUCAGUAUGGAAAUGUUUGUUUAAAAUCUCCCCUCUUGUCAGUGGAUUAGAAAUAAGGAUAGGCUUUACAGAUUUUCAGUUUAAAUUCCUGAAAAGGUUCUUAUUUUUAAUAUGCUUAUAACUGAGUCAGGAUAAAGGAGGGAAAUUGUAUUGAUACUCAUACCGAAAUUCCACACUAUCACCUAGGGAAGCGAUUUCUUCAACAAAUUACCGUUUAUGUUGUUAAACAGAGUUUUAUUUGAGAUGUAUUGUUUUAUUUUUCAAUUAAAAGUGGUUUUCUCCUA